CGGAAAUUUACUGAUAUGGCAACAUUUGACAUUAAAAAUCCAUUUGCCAACAUGUUGGCAAAUUCGACAAAGAAACAGCUGAUUUUUGAGCGGGAAGUAACAUAAAAGAAAGAAACAAUGAUUAAGAUGGAAAUAGAGACAUUGGAAUUGGAGCCUAUAUUAUCAAGCCCCAGUGAAGUCACAAGUAAAAAAAGAGUGCGGAAGUUGCAGCAUCAGUGGACGAACCAAGAAACCAUGAAGCUUAUUGAGGCAGUCGAGAUCAGGGAAGGCACCUGGAACUAUUUGGUCAAAGAGUACAGGGACCGAAACCUUAGAGAAGCUCUGUGGCAAGAGGUGGCCGACGUAUUGGAGUUACCACGAGCAGAAGUUACAACAAAGUGGAAUAGCCUGCGUUGUGGUUUCCGCGCAUCGUUUAACAGGAUAGGAGCGAGUAAGAGCGGACAGGGUGCUACAAAGACGGUUUCUUCAAACCCGUUUUACAAUGCUUUAAAAUUUCUGGAGCCCACUUUGCGUGUUGAGGCAUCCACAACAUCAAAUUUAAUAGAUAUAAAUGAACCUUCGCAAGAGCAAUCCCUUUAUGACCCUGAAUUUCUCGAAGAAGAAAUCGUGCAACCUAAGUCAGCAAAAGCCUCGACAAAGCGCCAACGACAAGAAGAUUCCGAGUAUGCAAAGGUUGUUGAGAGCGCUUUGCAAACGAUGAAUUCUGCUGCAAAAAGCGAUCCUUGGGAUGAUAUGGGCAAUUUCGUGGCAUCAAAUGGCCGUGAAUUCGCAGCCGAAAACAUUCAGUUGUCAAAACGUUUUAAGAUUGCAAUUAAUGAGGUUGUACUAAACUACCAGAAGGAGUUUGCUCGAAUACUCGAAUUACUGGCAAUGAUCUCAAAACAACAAUAA